UUUUGCUUCUUGUUGUGAUUUUAAAUGUCUCAAAAAGUGAAACGACAUUUAAUUGUACCUCGACGUCCUGUUUUAAAGUCUGAAGAUCGCUACAAAUUAAUUGAGCCAUGUAAUUACCAUAGUAAUCUGAUAAAUAGUAGUAAUCUUUUGGGAUUUAUAAAUAUGCACCCUAUACAUGAAGAACUAGUCUCUUCUGCUCCUACAAGCAAUAUCAUUGACACUAAGAAAAAAUCAUUGACACAGGAUAAUGUAAGGAAUGAUCCUGGUGGGUUAAAAGGAGCUUUACGAGAUGUUCUAGAAUCUGAAGACAGCUUUGAUGAUCUGAAAGAAGAAGACAAUAACAAAGUCAGAGAAAAAGAUGAAAUGAUACUUACCAUUAGUAGUGAACCAAAAACAUAUUUAAAGAAAGUAAACACAGGUGUUUCCCCUACAGACAAUGUGUCUAAUAUAACCUAUACAAGCGUAAAAGAGAAUGUAGAAAUCCCUUGUUUUAAAAUAAAUUCAGAAUCAGUAUCCAAUAAGCAAUCUAGCAAAUUAAAUGUUUUGCCAGUUGCUCGCUUGUUUACUCAGGACAAGAUUGGUGGACUAAAAAUACAGAAAAAUGUAAAGUUUCUGCCUAUGGUAAAGCUUAAUAAAGACACAAUGAAAAUACUGCCAGCUGUUAAGCAUUUAGCAGAAUUAAAAAAAACAGGGAAAACUUUACUCAAAGCAGAAGUAAAAUUAAUAGCUAAAUUCCCAGAACAGAUUAAUAUUUCAAAGAAUGCGUCAUUAAUAAAACCUGUUAUUACAAAAGCACCUGUAGUUCAAACAACUAAUUUAAAGGGCAAAAAAAUCGUCAUUGUUACAAAAAAUGACAACAUUAUGUUAAAACCUUUAACAUCUCUUUCAAAUCCAAAGCCAAUAAUCCUAAAACAACCUGUAAAAAGUAUGCAGAUUUUAAAUGACAGCAAAAAGCAAAUUGGGGAUUCGCAAUCAAAUAUGGAAUUCAAGAAGAUUUUGUUAGUAGGUUCCAAACAAGUACAAUUGAAAAAUUUAAAUUUGAAGACUGAUAAUGAAAAAAACAAUGAUAAGAUAGUAAAAACCGUAGAUAAAGUGAACUGUGGUAACCAUGGUAAACAUGCAGAUAAGAUACUCACUGAAGUUCCUUUAAAAGAUCAUUAUAACACAUUAAAUGACAUUGCUAAAGAAGACCUAAAACUUGACAACAACUUAGACAAAACGAAUUGUUCAGAAAAAGAAAACACAGAUUUUAAUUUGAAAAACGUGUCAGAUGUCGAUUUGAGCAAAGAAUUAUUGAAAAGACGCUCCUCUAGUAAUAAUUUGGAUAAAGAUGGAGCAGAAAAAAAAUCAAAUGAACCAAAUUAUUCCACUAUAAUGGAAGCUAAUCUAUCAAAGGAUGCUAUUACAGAAAUUAUACUGGGUAAAAGUAGUCAUAAUCCACCAAAAAGUACAUCUAAAGACGAUAUUGCCGUAGAAGCUGAAGAAAAAGAUUCAAAUACAUCAUCAGAAGUUAGAAACCCUAAAAUUAUUUCAUCAAACGGUAAAAGCAAAUAUAAUCAAUCAAAAAGUACAUCUAAACAUGGUAUUGUAGUAGAAACUGAAGAAAAAGAUUUAAAUACAUCAUCAGAAGCCAAAAAACGCUUAAUUUCGUCAACAAAUGAUAAUGAUUUGUUUAAAAAAAAUGAAAAUAAAAGAUUUCGUCUGUCUGAGUGCGUUAACCAAGUUGGGGAAAAGCCCGAAGAGUUAAGAGAUAAAGAGAGUAGAGAAUCUCUUGUUGGAGAUAAUGCCAGCGAAACAAAUAAUACUCCAGUUACUGAUGAUAUUGGGCAUUCCCCAACUUAUCAGUAUAACCAUUUGUCUGAUAAGGACGACAGCGUUGUUGAAAAUCCCAAACAGAUGAUUUUAUCCGAUCUCGAUUUGUUUAAUAAUGACUUGGAAAACUUUGACGAAUUUUUGAAUGAUAUGGGAAAGUUUGAUAAUUUUGAUUUGAAUAUGCAGUCGGAACCGCUUUCUUUGAGUUCACUACUCAUCAACGAGGAUAUUUCUGAUGAAAUAGUCAAGAGUGGAAAUCAGGUGAAGAAAAAUAAAUUGCUCCAUGAGCAUCAGUGGCUCGAUCCGUUUCUAACAGUAGCCAAAAAUAAACCAAAGUACAAAAAAUGGCAAUUGAUGUUCUUUCUGGACAUGCAAAACUCUUUGAAAAAAGAUUUUGGAGGAAAUAUGCCAAUUCACGAAGCAGUUCUUAAAGAUGAUAUGAAAACGUUACACAAACAAUGUCUGGCCCUUACGGCAAGAAUAAGGACUGUAGAUGUAAGAAAUAACGAUGGUUCGACGCCUUUACAUUUGGCAAUUUUAAACCGAGUAAAUCCGGAUGUUAUCAGCAUUCUUUUAAAAUUCAAUGCGAGUGUUACUAUAACAGAUAACGACGGAAAUAAUGCGUUUCAUUUGGCCGCAUACAGUUCUGAUGUUGAGUAUGUUAGGCGGCUUUUGGAGUGUUCGAAUGGACAACACGCAAGAAGUGAUGUGACUAAUUUUGACGGAUUAACACCUCUAAUGAUAAGCGUUUUAAAUAAUGACUAUGUUAUUGUGGAGCAGUUGCUUCUUGGAGGGUUUUCCCCGAAUUUGAGGGAUCAAAAGUCAGGCAGAACCGCGUUAUUUCACGCUGUAGAGCAGAAUAAGGAGAGAUUAGUGAAGCUUCUUUUGUUCCAUGGUGGCGAUACAAGAAUAGAAAACUUUUUCGGUGCAUCAACUCAUGAUGCGGUGUAUGAAUUGAGUAAUGUCAAAACGGGAAUUAAAUCAUUAAUUCAUGAAAAGAAAAGACUUGAAAAAGUUAAAAAGAGCAAAAAUAGUGGUAGUCCUAAAAGAUCCUCAGUUAAGAAUAAUCAAAGAUCGCCAGUGAAUAAUGAAAAUAGCUCAGAAGAAAUAGUUUAUGGGACUUACGGUUCACAGCGUAAAAGAUCUAAACUUGAACAUGAAGAUUAAGUUAUUGUAUAGUAAAAUUUUGUCUCUUCGGUUAUUAUUACUUUGUAUAAUGUUGUAACGCUAAAAAACCGAAUUUGUUGUAUAUAUUGCUGAUUAAAAUAAUAAUUAGAGUUUUCGAACUGUUGGUAUAUUGUGGAAAGGUGUAAAAAGUUAUCUAUUUUGAAAAGCUGUAAUUUGUUUUGGAAUUUUAAAUGAAGUUUUCUUGCAAAGUAAUUGUAUUAAGUGUGUAGUUAAAUUAAAAUUUUAUAUAGCAUUAUA